GAGCGGAGCCGCAGUCUGACGCAGGAGGCAGGAAGCGCAAUUGUUCGUGUCGGGGCGCGAGACCGGUAACCGGAGUCGGGUGGCGCUCCUCGCAGCACGCGGAGGCAAACGAGGAAUCAGCACCAUGGCGGAACAGGAUGUGGAAAAUGAGCUUCUGGAUUACGAGGAAGAUGAAGAGCCGCAGGCCCCUCCAGAGAACGCUCCAGCUCCCCCUAAGAAAGAUGUCAAGGGUUCCUACGUUUCCAUCCACAGCUCUGGCUUCCGGGACUUUCUGCUGAAGCCAGAGCUCCUGAGAGCCAUAGUGGACUGUGGCUUCGAGCAUCCAUCCGAGGUCCAGCACGAGUGUAUCCCACAAGCCAUCCUGGGCAUGGACAUCCUGUGCCAGGCCAAGUCAGGGAUGGGCAAGACGGCAGUUUUUGUGUUGGCUACCCUGCAGCAGAUUGAGCCCAUCAACGGACAGGUGACGGUCCUGGUUAUGUGCCACACUCGAGAGCUGGCCUUCCAGAUCAGCAAGGAGUAUGAGCGCUUUUCCAAGUACAUGCCCAGCGUCAAGGUGUCUGUGUUCUUUGGGGGCCUCUCCAUCAAGAAGGAUGAGGAGGUGUUGAAGAAGAACUGUCCCCAUGUCGUGGUGGGGACGCCGGGCCGGAUCCUGGCGCUUGUGCGGAACAGGAGCCUCAACCUGAGAAAUGUGAAGCACUUCGUGUUGGAUGAGUGUGACAAGAUGCUGGAGCAGUUGGACAUGCGGCGGGACGUGCAGGAGAUCUUCCGCCUGACACCCCAUGAGAAGCAGUGCAUGAUGUUCAGCGCCACCCUGAGCAAGGAGAUCCGGCCCGUCUGCAGGAAGUUCAUGCAGGACCCCAUGGAGGUGUUUGUGGACGACGAGACCAAACUCACAUUGCAUGGGCUACAGCAGUACUACGUCAAACUUAAGGACAGUGAGAAGAACCGCAAGCUCUUUGACCUCCUGGAUGUGUUGGAGUUUAACCAGGUGGUGAUAUUUGUGAAGUCGGUGCAGCGCUGCAUGGCCUUGGCCCAGCUCCUCGUGGAGCAGAACUUCCCAGCCAUUGCCAUCCACAGAGGCAUGGCCCAGGAGGAGCGCCUGUCACGCUAUCAGCAGUUCAAGGACUUCCAGCGGAGAAUCCUGGUGGCCACAAAUCUAUUUGGCCGAGGGAUGGACAUUGAGCGUGUCAACAUUGUCUUCAAUUAUGACAUGCCCGAGGACUCAGACACCUACCUCCACCGUGUGGCCCGUGCAGGUCGCUUUGGUACCAAAGGCCUGGCCAUCACUUUCGUGUCUGAUGAAAAUGAUGCCAAAAUCCUCAAUGAUGUCCAGGACCGGUUUGAAGUAAAUGUGGCAGAGCUUCCAGAGGAAAUCGACAUCUCCACAUACAUCGAGCAGAGCCGGUAACCACGUGUCCUGACGUCCCGGAGCCAUCCGGCUUCCCACGUGUUGCUUCAAGUCCUCUUCCUAGGCGACAGUGGGCCUUUCUUUUUACUGUUUAAAAGCUGUAGAUUUGUGUAAGAAUAAAUUUUUAUUAUGGAA